AUGAUGCUGUUACCCGACAACACUGUUGGCUAUCCUGAUGAAGUGAUGUGAAUCAAGUUAAAUUUUCCUUGUUAUUUUUGUUUCAUUUGACUACUUUGUAAAUAAUUAGCUGAGAAAAAAAUCAAAUUCUCUAUCGUCUUAAUUAUGGUUUGAUUAACCUACUUCCACCUCAAUGGAGCUCAUUCAUGUUGUGUCAUCCUUGGUCAUCAUAUUUACCUUUUGUAACUUCACUACGGGGUUGCAAAUUUGUAUCAGGAUAUGGAAAAAAAAGUCGACACAAGAUUUUGCAGCAUUCCCUUUCAUUGCCGGUUUUUUAUGUACUUUUUUAGGACUUCGUUAUGGGCUAGUUAUUCAUGACUCAGUCACAAUUUUUGUAAAUUCCAUUGGCCUUGCUGUUUUCACAUUCUAUGUUUUAUUCUAUUACCAUUUCACACUGAACAAAAGAUCAAUCAAUUUGAAAAUUGGAGUUUUGAUUGUUGUAGUGUUACUUUUUGAAUUAGCCAUUGGCCAUCAAGAAAAUCCUCGAACAUUAUCUGGUAUAAUUGCUAGUAUUUCCGGAGUUGUAUUUUCUGGAUCGCCAAUGACCAGUAUCUCUCAAGUAGUUCGAGAUAAAAAUGCUGGUAUUUUACCUUUUUGGUUAAUUCUGUCAACUGCAGUCGUUGCCCUUCUUUGGUUUGCUUAUGGCUUUCUCAUUGGUGAUGCCUUCAUCCAGAUCUCAAACUCUUUAGCCGUGCUUUUGGCUGUUUUCCAACUAUCACUUUUUGUUUUUUAUCCACCUCAAAGUAAAUACAAAGAUUUUGAAAAGCAAUUGCUAAUGGAAAAUUUGUGAAUAUGACCUUAAUUUUUUAUCAAGUUCAUCUUCUAUUUGAGAUAAUAUUCAAAUCUCCGAUGAAAAUCAAAAAUCAUCUAAAAAUUUGCCUACAAAAUGUUUUCUAUUUUUCAUCAAAAUGAAUCUAUGUUCUCCUCUAGACUUCUAUCAACCAGAUCAAAGACACAAACGAUGAUUUAUUGGGAUUAUUUUGAUUAAGAAUUUAUUCAUUGUCAACACACUAUUGGUAGCUCUUCUUAAUUUGGUCUCUGUGUUGCCGAUAGAUUGUUGAUGUGAAUUGUUGUUGCUUAUUUAUAUCAAGUUAUUGUAAAUCUUGCUCUAAAAUUGAGAAUAAGAGUAAUAUUUUAUAUUUUGAUUAAAGAUAUAUACCGAUAUAAA